AUGUUGAUGUCGUUGGAUCCGUCCUGCCCGGUGGACAAGCCGGCUCUUAGGACGGAGGCACAGACGCAGACGAGCGUCGGGCUGAGCGUGUUCAACGUGCACAGGCUCAAGAAGCUUCGGGAGGACAUGCGGGAGGAUCGCGAGCUGCACACGCAGCGGAAAAAGGAACACAGGCUACAGAUUGAGAGCCUGUGGGAGAAGCUGAGCGUGCCGGAGCGGACCCGCCAGGAGCACCUGGCUGCAACGAAGGGGAUAACGCACUCCGACAUGGAUGAGCUGGAGUCGGAGCUCGCUCGGCUGAGGAAGCUCAAGGCCGAAAAGCUUACGGACAUGCUUAAGGCCGCGAGGGAGGAGAUAUCGGAUUUGCUAGAGGGCCUGUGGACGGAAGACCUGCUCGAGGGGCACGAGCAGUUCGUCAAGGACCUCAGGGCCAUGGGUGACCGAGCGGCUCCCAUCGUGGAGAAGGUCAAGAAGCGCGAAGAGCUCGUGCAGAAACGGGAGCUCGCGGACUCGUUCAAGCUGGACUAUCGCGCCAGGGGCAGCUCGGGAGUUCUUUCACAGGCCAAGGUGAUCGAUGGCAUCAACAAGGAGCUCAAGAAACUACCUAACCUGACCACUCUCUUGAGGAGGGAGCUUAGCGCCUGGCAGAACGAGGAAGGGUUCCCGUUCCGGUUCAACGGGCGCGAGUACCUCAGGACGAUCGAGGAGUCCGACAUGCAGUGGCAGCACCGCAAGGAGACCCGCAAGGAAACCAGCCGGCGGGAGAGAAACGCCCCCAGCGGCGGGGGUGGCGCGGGGGGCGGGGGCGGGGGCGGCGGCGGCGGCGGAGGCCCGUCCUCCCCCAAUCGCGCCGCACUCCACAACGGCGUGUUCCACAGCACCGGCAGCAUGGCGUUCGGCAGCGGCGUCCCGGCGUCGCCGUCCCUGCACCGCCAGACUAGUAGCCGCAGCGGGGGCGCCGGGGUCAGCUCGGGUGGAGGGGGUGGGGGUUCCGUCAUCGGGUCCCCUUCGCCGCGAAAGAAGGGCGGCGGCGGCGGCGGCGGCGGCGGCGGCGGCGGCGGCGGUAGCAGCGGGUGGGGUAGCGGACAGCUGAACGUUUCGACCCCCGGGAGAACCGCGAUGGGGCGGACCGGAAGCGCUAGCAGUAGCAGCAGCGCGGUUAGCGCCGGCGGGGGGCCGAUGGUAGAUUCUCGCGGGGCGGGGGCAGCGGGGGGCCAAGGGGGAGGGGAGGGCGUGAAGGCUGCGGCGGGGGGCGGCGGCGGGGGGCCCGGGGCUGGGGGCGGUGGGGAGGGCGGCAAGGACCCGGCCGCGAAGUCGCUCCCGAGCACGCCUCAGAAGGAGGCGCGAAACCCCCUGCUCAUGACGUCGUUCACGCCGUCGCCUACCUUCAAGGGAUCGAAGCAGGCGCGCAUGGCGGCCACCUUCGCCUCCACGGGGGGCUCGCACCGUUUACCGCCGCCGCCUCUCCCAGCGCGACCGGUCUCUAUGGAGCGAGCUACGCCUGCCUUGUUGGCGAAGCUGCAGUCCAGCCCCGACCUGGCCCGAGGGGGGGGGGGGGGGAGUCCGGGAGGGGNNNNGGGGGGGGGGGGGUGGUAGUCCGGGAGGGGCGAUGCCGCCGCCGUUGCCGGACAGGCCUUCGAACGCCGCUUUCGAGAAGGCGGACUUGCACGCCAUCCGCGAGUCUAACGCGAGCAGUCUGAGGUCGUCAGCGUCCGCGUCGGACGUGCUCAGCGGCGGAAGGCGCACAGAGACUUCUACGCGUUGACGGCGCCAAGCGCGGCGGUGAUGGAUGAGGACGCGUAGUCCGGGCGUAGUCGCCAAAAUUGCUCACGGAGCCCCCCCCCCCCCUCCCCCCCCCGCGCGCAUGCUUCCAAUCUGGCUGUUCUUAAUUCUGCAAUUUUUCUUGCUGCGUGGUCUCCUGCAAGGGUUGACUCGUGUCAAGGUUUCGCGAUGUUAUUGAUUUUUGUGGCUCCUGAUGCGGAUGUUGUCGUUGGUAUUGGUGUUUGUCUUGGUGUUGUUGGUCAUUUUCUUUGGCUUGCUGUCUGCGUGCGGUGUCCGCGCGGUUGCGGCCAUGUUAUCUCCCAGGGAUAGUGACAUGCUUUCCAAGAACAGUGUCUGAACGCAGGGUGGAAAGUGGAGCAUGAACUUUUGCCCCCAAAAAUGUGAAUAGGGGCAGCGGCGCGAAAAGCGUGUGCGGGUGGCACGCCCCCUACGUGCUUAUCCUUGCCGCUCGUGCACACGAAGGAUGCACGUCGUGCUGCCCUUUGACAAUUAUCAGUAGCGG